UUGACGUGUUCAUAGUAGUUGCCGGGUCGACAGGUUAUAGUUAAAUUCUUUAAAAUAAAAUGAAGAAUCUAUUCUGUGGAUUGCUGAUUAGUAUAUGUAUUCUAAAUUUAAGUAAUGUCGAUGGACAGCAAAGGAGACAGGGGUACACUAUGGCAGAAAGAGUGCAACAGCUUACGGACAUGGCAAAUAAAAGAGCUGUCCUUAGAUUCAACGCAAAUAAAUUUCGGGAUUUCGUAAAAUCAAGUCCUCGAAACUAUUCCAUUGUUAUAAUGUUUACUGCAAUGGCUCCACAGAGACAAUGCCAAGUGUGUAGACAUGCCAGCGAUGAAUUUACGAUAGUAGCCAACUCCUUUAGAUACUCCCAGUCUUAUUCGAAUAAGUUAUUUUUUGCAGUUGUAGAUUUCGAUGAAGGUUCUGAUGUUUUCCAAAUGUUGCGGUUAAAUACUGCCCCAGUUUUCAUUCACUUUCCACCAAAAGGCAAAUUGAAGAAUGCUGAUACUAUGGAUAUUCAACGAAUCGGCUUUGCAGCUGAAACUAUUGCCAAGUGGAUAGCAGAGAGAACUGAUAUUCAGAUUAGAGUAUUCCGACCACCAAAUUACUCUGGUACUUUUGCCCUAGUGAUACUAUUUGGAAUAAUAGCUGCAUUCUUAUAUCUUCGUAGAAACAAUUUAGAAUUCUUAUACAAUAAAACAAUGUGGGGAAUAGGUUCGCUAUUUUUCUGUUUUGCCAUGACGUCUGGACAAAUGUGGAACCAUAUACGAGGACCACCGUUCAUACAUAAAAAUCAAAAUGGGCAGAUAGCUUACAUUCAUGGUUCGUCUCAAGGCCAAUUUGUUUUUGAAACCUACAUUGUUAUGGUUUUGAAUGCUGCUAUCGUUUUGGGUAUGAUCUUUAUGACUGAAGCAGCGAGGGGAAAGGGAGAUCCCAAGAAGCGAAAAAUCAUGGCUGUGGUUGGCCUCGUCUUGGUCUCCGUGUUCUUUUCCCUUUUAUUGUCCGUUUUUAGAACUAAAACCCAAGGCUACCCUUACAGUUUCCUCUUAAAGUAGGACUUUUCUUCGGACAUAGAAACACUUGACGUUAAUCCUUCUACAUUACUUUUAUUUAAACUUUUUAAAUACGUUGUGUUCAAGUACUGGUAAUAAAGUUGUUAAAUGAC